AUGGCCCCCGGACGAUAUGCCCUUCGAGCCAACGAGCUUGCUUCCAUGUUGAGCGGAAGCACGCUGACGAUCCCCAAUCUGAAGGUGCCGCUGGCCAAGUUUGCGAGGGGACAGAGCAAGUAUACGGCUGAAAUCCGACGAUGGGUGGAUAGGCUGGUUGAGGAGAACAUUCAUGACAGGAGAAAAUGCAUUGGUGUCAAGCGCUGUGACUUUGGAUAUCUCGCCGCAUGUUGUUUUCCAGACGCCGACUGGGAGCAACUCAAGGCUGCGGCAGCAUUCCUGGUCUGGAUCUUCACAUGGGACGACAUCAUCGACCACGGAGAGGAUACCAGCGGCAUCAUCUCCAACGGAGACCGCGCGCGGGUCUUUUGCCAACAGUCGCUCGAGUAUAUUAGCCAGAAGCUCGAACUGGGCGGUUCCUGUGAAGAGAUUGCCAGUCAGAUUGCGCCCAGCAUGUCCAUGUUUGACGAGACUGCUGGACCCUUGAUGUCGGUGAACUGGAGUCAGAGUUGGUCUUGUCUCAUCAACGAACAAACAUUGCCGAACAACAUUCUGACAACGAUUCUCACAGGACAAACGCAGAGACUGUACAGCGAGAUUGAGCAUUAUGUAAAAUGCUGCCUCAUUGAGCAUCUGCAGCAAGAGGACGACUCCAUCCCCUCGCAGGAAGAGUACACCACCAUGCGCUUCGGAACGUCCGGAAUCACUCCAGGGAUUGCCAUUUGCGAGUUCACCAGGGAUAUCUCACUGCCGGAUGAGAUUGUCGAGUCCGCUCCGAUGAAAGUCAUCUGGAGGGAGAUUACCCGGCUUUGCAUGAUGAUCAACGACAUUUACUCGUGUCAGAAAGAACUGCGAAGCGGUGUCAUUCAGAACAUCAUCCCCGUCAUUGCCUACGCCAGCGGAACCGACGACAUCACCACCGUCACCCAGGAAUUCAUGGACAUUUUCCAAACCUCAGUCAACACCUUUGAAGAGGCCUACCAGCUCCUCAAGGCGCUCGCAUCGCCCGACCCCAAGCUCUCAGAGGAUAUCCAAAAGUACAUCCAGAACUGCCAGACCAUCACGACGGGGUUGCUGGAAUGGAUGCUUCGCUCGGAGCGGUACAGCGUGGGCAAGCAUCUGCAGGCGGAUGGCUCGGCGCUCGUGCCUCUUAUUUAUGAUAGUGGGAAGGCGACUGCUGGUAAGGCGUAAGUGAUGGGAUUCAUUGGGCUUGUGGAGUGUGGUGUUCACUCGGCAUAUGAUCAUGGUAUGGCGUUUGGGGGGGGCAACGAUAUGAGUAUUGGCGUUUGUUUACGGGCACAAGGGACAAUUCCCGAUCGUUUUGUUUAUCCACCAAGUUUUAACACCGUGGCCCUCUUUCAC